AGUGUAGGUCCGCCCCUGAUUGUUUUCACAUAUAACUAUGCUAAAAUAAAUCAAUCUACUGGUUUUCUACAAAAGUUUAGAUUUUGCUAGAUCCAUCUAAUUUUAAUAUUGGUGCAUGUCACUGAAAGAAAAUCCACUGAUCUCAAAGAUGGCGGUAACUUCUGUCCAAACCAACUUAAAUUUUCCUUUACUAUAUGAGGGGAGUCUAGUUGAUGAGGAGAAAUUCAUAUCCUCUGAUGCUCCAAAUAAAAAUGAAGUAUCUUUUAUUCGAACAUGUCUCAAUGGACUCAAUGCAAUUGCAGGUGUUGGAAUACUAUCAGUUCCAUAUGCUUUAGUCUCUGGAGGGUGGCUAAGUUUAGCACUUUUAUUUUCUAUUGCUUCAGUCGCAUUUUAUACUGGUGUAUUAAUGAAAAGAUGUAUGGAAAAACAUUCCAACAUAAGAACAUUUCCUGAUAUGGGUGAACUUGCAUUUGGAAAAACUGGAAAAAUAAUAGCAUCAGCAUCAAUGUAUACUGAGCUCUACUUGCUUGAAAUAGGUUUCUUAAUUUUAGAAGGAGACAAUUUGAGUAACUUAUUUCCUAUUGAAGAGUUUCAAGUGGCUGGAAUAUCAAUUGGUGCAAAGCAACUCUUUGUGAUAUUGGUUGCACUAAUUAUUUUGCCAACAAUUUGCUUGGAUAAUCUGAGUUUGAUUUCUUAUGUAUCUGCAAGUGGUGUCUUUGCUUCUGCAAUUAUCUUUUUAUCAAUAUCAUGGAUUGCAGUUUUUGAUGGAGAUAUUGUUCAACAAAAGGGUGAUUUAGUAAAUUGGAAUGGCAUUCCUACAGCUGUUAGCUUGUAUUCUUUUUGCUAUAGUGCACACCCCGUUUUUCCAAUUCUCUACACUUCCAUGAAGAACAAACGUCAAUUUUCGUAUGUCCUAAUUGUAUGCUUUAUGUUAGCAACGUCUGUUUUUGCAUCGAUCGCUAUAGUUGGUUAUUUAAUGUUUGGUUCAAAAGUUGAAUCACAAGUAACAUUAAACUUACCACUAGAUAAAUUAAGUUCAAGAAUUGCAAUAUACACAACCUUGCUAAGUCCAAUAUCUAAGUUUGCUUUGGUUGCAAUGCCAAUUACAAAUGCUUUAAAAGAGUUCCUUCCAAGGACAUACAAGAAUAAUAAAAUCACCCACAUCUUUUUGAGUAUUGUACUUCUAAGUAGUAUUGUUAUUGUGACAUUGACUCUUCCAUUUUUUGGAACUCUCAUGGCAUUGGUUGGAGCAUUUCUUACUGUCACAGCUUCUUUUCUGCUUCCUUGCUUGUGUUACUUGAAGAUUUCAGGAAGUUAUAGGAAAUGUGAAUUUGAGACAGUGAUGAUAGUAGUAAUAAUAUUUGUAGCAAUAGUUAUGGGAAUUUCCGGGACAUACACUUCAGUUGUUGAACUAGUACAAAAGUCUUCUAACAAAUAGAAGAUUUAUGAAGCGAUGUAUUUUAUAUAAAAUUUAGUCAAAUUCUA